AUGAACGUUAUUUUGGGAUUGUUGUUGGCUGUAUUUCCGCUUUUGGCGCAUUCCAGAACUUCCCUUCAUAAAGCUAAAAAGUACAAAUGUAUCGAGGUGGAGGAUAAGGAUGAGCCCACCCACUACGGCUGGAACCGAGCCGACGAGGAGCUGAAAAGCAUCGGAAAAAUGAGCGCCGGACCGCCAGUGCAGGCGCUGACCCCUAAGCCGUAUGAAGCACCGGCAACCCGUCCACCGCAUCUUCCCACAAAUAUCCCGAGAGAUCACGCGGGAAGGCCACUGGUUUUGUCGCCGCAACAUUGUGAUCAGGUCCGAAAGUACGCUGCUCAAUAUGGCGUCCGAGACGUCCUACCCUGGGUCAAAUCAAAUUGCAAUUUCGCAAAAAUGUUCGUCCCCGAUGCGACGUGCGAGGAGAUCAACAUCCUCGUCGGCAGCUGCUAUGCUAAUAAAUAUUUA